AUGCAGCAGUUGUUGGGCGAUAGGGCCUCAUCCUUGGACGAAUCCAUCCUGCGCGAAUUAUUCCUGCAGCGUCUUCCGAACACGGUUCGCAUGAUACUAACAACGUCGAGCAGCGUUUCGCUCGAGGCUUUAGCGGAGAUGGCGGAUAAGAUGAUGGACAUUGCGCCGCCAACUGUUUGUGCCAUAUCUCCACAACCCUCUGCACCAUCACCGUCGGACUUCCAGGAGCUGCGUGACGAAGUCAGCCGCCUUUCCGGCUUAGUCGCAUCAAGCCUACGCUUCGGCCGAUCGCGAAGCCCAAGACACCGCAGCCCUCGUCGCGGCAACUUCCGUCGUCGCACACCAUCGCCUCUCCAGCAGUCUGCAAAUCCCGAUGAGUGCUGGUACCACCAGACUUUUGGAGACCGUGCCCGGCGCUGCCAGCCUCCCUGCUCCAGACAGGGAAACGGGAGCGUCAACAACUGA